GGCGUGUCUCAGAGUGCCAUAGUGAACGCCUUGACUGCGGUUCUCAGCGUGACGGAGCUGAACUGCCUCAGACAGACCUAACGGUACCGGCUCGCUCUCUAACCGCUCUCCGCUCAGCCUCCUCCUCGUGCUUGUGUGUGUGUGUAUGCGGACUGGGGUCAUGGCUUCCCGCCCUCUGUGGACUGUGAGCCUGCUGCUGCUGCUGCUGGCGCUGCUGCUGCCGCUGCAAGUCCUCUCUCAGGAUCUCUUUGACCUGGCUGAUGCUCUGGACGACAGUAAACCAACGACUCCUGCACCACGUCCACCUGUACCAGCAGGAGGAGCAGAGCUUGAUUUCGAUGAUUUAUCUAAAGUCAGCGCCACCACCACCACCACCACCAAAGCCCCACCCAAGGUCACGCCUAAGAUCCCCACAGGUACCAAGGCCCCAGUCAAGCCCAAACCCAAACCAGCUGAUGGUGACUUUGACCUGGCCGAUGCUCUGGAUCCUAAGAAUGACAUUGGUGGCAAAGACAAGAACAAGGGUCAGGGAGGUACGUUCUCUGACAGUGACCUGAUGGAUGUCGGUAAAGACGACACCUACAAACCCGACAAAGGCAAAGGUGGAGCUGCAGGUGGAGGCAGUGACCACAUCGACCAGUAUGAUGACCCUAACAGUGAGACCACAGCAGAGGUGGGCACCAUUGCAGGGAUUGUCAGUGCGGUUGCCAUGGCGCUGGUGGGUGCCAUCAGCAGCUACAUCUCCUACCAGAAGAAGAAGCUGUGCUUCGGUCUGCAGCAGAGUCUGAACACUGACAUGGUGAAGGCUGAGAACCCUGAAGCUGUGGUGGCUACAGAACCACAAGUCCAACAGACUCUGCUGGAGCCGCCCAACGCUGAGCCCCCCACUGAGGAGAACGCUGUGUAACACACACACACAAACAUGUCCGACCCCCACCACACCCCCCUGCACACACACACACAGACAUACAUACACACACACACACACACACACACACACACACACACACACACACACACACACACACACACACACACACACACACACACACACGGCCAUGCUGCAGUCUAUUGUGUAGCAUGUCCUCAUUGAUCCUGUGGCUCUGUGCUGCAGGAGCUGGGAUUUGUAGUCCUUCUACACCGAAUGUGAACAUGAUUUUUUACUCUGCUGUGAACAGUGAACAGAACCUUUCUACAUGUGUGUGAUGGUAGUAAUUUAUUGUUUAGUCUCUAUUGGUUUACAGUGUGUGACACAGUCAGGUGACAACAACUGGAAACACAACAACCUGUUCAUGUUGUUAUGUGAUGGAGAAACAGUCUGUGGGUGUGUGUCACAGCUGCUCUGACUCACAGGGGUCACAGGGGGUCUCUGACAGGGAACUGGAUUAUGGUCCAGUUGGAGAGCAUUGUGGGAAAUUCUUAGCAAGUUCACCUCCUGCGAACCAGAGACGCUGCGACACACACACCUGCUAUUUCUAAUUGUUUUUCUUUUGUUCGAUGAAUGAAGGUUGUGACUCAUCAUCAGGAACGUGUCACUUCCUGUUGACACAGCUGAUUAUCUGUCAUCAAUAUCCCUUUAUUGAUCGUAUCUGAACUGGAUCAAUAUGGUACUCGGAGUCAGUCUCCAACAUUUAACAGUCGUCCCAGGUUUCUGUGCCAACACGUGUAGCAACUGAUAAAGAUAAUGUUGACACACAUUAUCACAGCAGCCUGUUAUUAUCACAUGUUAGACUAUGAGCCAGGCAUGUACUCAUAGAACUGAGGUUACAACACGUAACCACCAUACUAACACUUAUUCCUAUGACAUGUAAUAUUUAUUAGAUUAAUGUGUUAUCACUAUAAUGAUGAUGUUUGUUCAGUGGAUGAUGAUGAUGAUGAAGAGUCACUGAUGUUUGACCACCUGGUAGAUGUAGUGCUUCUUACUGGGCGUCACUAUUGGCUUUAUAUACUAUAUGUUCAUAGACCUGGAGUCACGCAGGUCACCACUGUGUACGUCAUGUGACUGUUACAUCAUCACGUCGUCUCUCCUCAUGAACAAAGUUGCCUUAUUCAGAUUCAGACUUUUGGCAGUUUAAGGCAUCUCAACGUUUGUGUCUGCAGCUUUUUAUACUGUAAAUAUCCUGAUGUUUUUUCAACUUGGCCUUUAAAAGGAAGAGGUGAUGAUCCGACAGCUUCUUUAUACACUACUGAAAAAGUUAAAGUUCAGAACACUAAAUACAAAGGUCAAAUACAGAAUCGCCACAUUUAAUGUAGCAUAAAAAUGAUGUUAGUUCAGUUAGCUCUGCUGUAGCUUUAGCUUAAACAUGCACAGUGUCUUUUCUCUCUGGUCGAUAGAACAGGGUCUUCCUCUGUUGCAGGAGAAGAACAGGAGGGAAGUUUGGUUGAAGAUACAGCUGCUGCAGACGAGCUGAUGAUUGUUUGUACUGUGUUUUAUUGUGUUAGCAUUGAGGUGCUUGUGUGUGCACAACCGAGCUCAUCUCCAUCCCAUGGUGGCCGUCAAAACAUGUGGAUGCUAACCAGUAGCGCAGCAGAUAACUGCAUAUUUCAGGGAGAUCUUUCAAAUGUGGAUACAAGUACUAAACUUGGCACAAAUCCUCAACACGUUGGCCACUCCAAAAUUCAAGAUGGCCACCAUUUCUGGCAAGGAAGUUCAUCCACUAUUUUCUCAUAUGAGUAAUCUAGGUAUCAAAUCGUACAUUUUAACAGUGUUGAAGUUGAAUUCAGUACACUGUAAAAAAUGAAAUGAAAGUAUAUUUCAGCAAAAAUAUUUUUCACAAAGAAAAAUUACUCGCAAAAAAGCUUGCUAACUAGCUUAGCACUAGCAAGUUAGCCUAGCGAGCUAAUGUAAAGACAAGUAAACAAGUACUGACUGUCGACUCUUACUGAACUUUUGGUUCUUCAUUCAUAACAAAUGGUUUGCAAGUACAUCGCGUAUUAUGCAGAAUUUUUUAGAAAAAACAGGAUUAAAAUUAAAACAAAAUCACUGAAAUCUGCCCCAUGGGUAUAAUUCUGUGGUAAUAUAUGUUUCCUAUGCCAGAAAUGGUGGUUAUCUUGAAAUUUUGAAAUUUCAAGUAGCUAAUGGGAUUUUUCAAAUGAAUUUCCCCACAGGGAGAAACAUACCAGUUUUGGUGUUUGUAGCACAUUUGAAGGAUUAUUGCAGUUAUGUGCUGCGCUACAGCGGCCGAGCAGGACAAUGUGAACAUUCAGGGCUUCGUUCAAACUUAAGGGGCCGAGGAUGAAAGCAUUGCAUGUUUUUACAUCAAGCCCAAAGACUCUGCUAAUUAUCAGGUGACCUAUAGAUGGCGAUAUUUUCCCCUGUAGUUGAAAGAGCUCCAGUGAUUUGUCUGCUGGUUGGUGGAGUGAUACAGUGAGCAGGAACCCACAGAAACACACUGAGGAACUUUAACCUGGUGACUCAUCAAUACCCAUCAAUAAAAUAUAUUGAUUUCAGUUUUUGAUCAGAAUCAGAAUGAUAAUAAUAGAUAAUAAUAUAUAAUAUUAAAGGUUUAUUACAUUUUUUUACAAUCACAUGACAAUCCUGGCACACAACAGUGGGAUAAUAACUGCCUCCUCUGUGAUGAUUUAUUAUAGAAAAUAUUUUGUAGAAAAAUGAAACAAUCCUGGUGAAGAUGAGUCUUCAGAUUCAUGUGUGUUACUGUGUCUCUAUCACAGUGCAGAGAUGCUGUGAUGAUCAGAUGAUCAGUCUGGAGGCCUGUGAUUGGCCACCGUGGGAUGAGAUGUAGAGGCGUGUAGAGGGUUGUGGACCAGGUCGUGGACCCUGGUGAAGCUGAUAUAAUUUACAGUAGAACCUGCUUUAGCAGUGUAGGUGACGUUAGCAGCUGUAGUUGUAGGAUGUUGAAUAGAAGCUGUGAUGGUUGUACAUAUUACUGUGUUUGUACUGUAGCAGUGUGUAUUAGACUAUACUCUUCAGUGUGUGCGUGCGUGUGUGUGUUUACACUCUUUGCCUGCUCUUUUUACACUUUGUACCCGACUAAACUUUUCCUAAUAACGUAGCUGAACUUUUUGUAUCUGCGACUUUGUUGUGCGCUUUUUCUUAGAGACUCCUGGAGUCCUGUGUGUUCCUCGACCAGAGGCUUUUAUUUUGGAGACCAGGGCUGAAUCACUCACUGUUUCCUUUAGAGAGGGGGGGUGUGAUGGAUCAGUUGGAGGUGGAGGAUUUUGGAAACCGGCUCCUGGUCUGAACGAGAAAUAGUUUUUCUACAUGAACCAUGUCAGAUACUGAGCGAGUUGUUGUUGUAUGCGUUGUACUGUAGACAGUGUUGUGUUGUGUUGGUGGCCUAUAAAGAGAGUGUGUUAUGUAAUACACCACAGCCUGGUCUCCUCCAUGUUGCCUUGCUAAAGCAGCUGCUUGUGCCCACAGUCCCUCUGUGCUCGAGUCCUUGAACACUGGAUCAGCUCAUCAACACUCUGAUCUCAGGCUGGUUGAACAAAGAUGGUUGUGUGUGUCACUUCCUGUUGUUGAGCAGGAAGAAUUCACUGUGACAAAACAGGAAAAACGAGCUUUAAUGAAGUAGAACUGUCACAACAAGAAGACAGUUUAUAAAGAGCAGAGCGGUGUUGCUCUUCAACGGAGCACUGAGCUGUGAUGGAGACUCACUGCAGAUAAACUCUGAUAAGAUUUUAUUUUUAUUGGUAUCAGCUUCAAUAACACAAAACAAGCCGUGGCUCUGCUGUCUAUAUGAGCUUUCAUGAGACUGCAGAGAUCAGAGACAGGAAACAAGGGAGAGAGAUACCACACAGGUCCUCAGCUGGACUCUUAACAGAACAGUUGGCAUCUUGACUCUGAAGCCAUGGAGGCUCCAAAGACUCUAAUGUAGACCACCUGAGAUCUCAGCAGACAGACCUCCUCAUUAAAAUCCACUGGUAAUAACUGGUUCCCCUGCAGUCUUUAAAUCCAGACCUGGUUUCCAUCUCCCUCUAACGCAGGUGGACAGUUUUCUUUAAACUCUCAGAAGUCCAGUUUGGCUCUAAAAUGAAUCUUUUAUCAACAGUAGACUAAAAAACCUUUUUGAGGGUCUGUGUGGUGGUUUCAUUUCCUCCUCAUGGACGUGGUGUAGAAGCCCGUUCAGCACCCAGACUUUAUUCGGGACUGUACGCAACUACAAAUGUGCCAAAUGUGCCAAAUGUUAAUGCUCAGAACACGUCUGUGUAGCAGAUACCCAGUGUAGUAUGUACAAGACCAGGUUUUUGGACUGUUUUUUUCGGGGGGGGGGGGGUUUGGAGAGCAACACACAAGCUCAGUACACCAGACAUACAGAUCUUUGUGCAGCCAGACCCUGAGAGAUCACUGCUGAAUCAUGAACCACUAUGUAGUCGCUCUGGUGGUCUCAGUUUUCUGUGGGGUACGUCUUUCUUAAAGUGGUUCAGACUUCGUGUUGUGUUCAGGGACUGUGAGCACCUAAUGAACUCACCUUGUCAUGGACACUCAGCACAGCUGUUAGUGAAGUGGCUCUUCUCUCUUUGCCUUACACCUGCACCGUCCCACGGGGACACGCUGCAGUAUUCAUCAAACACACCCCAGCUGUACCUGAGCACGAGCACCGCCCACGUCUCUCACCUCCCCUUGGGAGGGGGGGGUCACAGGUGUGGGUGCUGCUGAGAGCUAAACGUCACACAAAGCAAACACAACACAAACCUUCCUGUUUAGUGAAUGUAUGAAACACCUUCAUCUUCGUCUUCAUCAGCAGAAACAGACUCACCAAAGAUGAAGCUGAUUGAUUUGCCUUUUUGUGUCAGUUUGUAAAACGAGGACUGAACCUGAAUGUAACACAUGACCUCGCCUGAGGUCACCUGAGGUCACCUGAUAUCUCAUUAAUAACCUGUCAUAUCUGUUCACUCAGACACACAGUGACUCAGUUCUUAUUGGCUCUGUGGUGAUGAUGAUGCUGCUGUAACAUCUGGAACACCUGUAAUACUGUUUGCAGGUGGUUACUGGUCUGGUACUGGUCAAUGAUGAAGACCAGUACAGUCUCAAGACCACCAACCACCACACAGUGGCUCACUUUGACCCUGGUCCCUGUUGCAGUUUAAUCCAGCUGUGGUCUUGGUCCAGGGUUUGGGAGGUUGUGGACUCUGGUGGGGGGGUUCUCCUCGGGGGUCUGGGAGACAGGUGACAGGUGUGUGUGGUUCAGCAGCAGCAGGAGUCAGUGUACCUGGUCCAGGUAUCUGGAGGUGUUUUACAAAGCCUGUUUAAAAAAACUGGAGGUAGUCACGGCGAUAUAACCUGACCUGUUCGAUGGAGAAUCAGAGAGGGACCAAUCUGAUCAAUGUUAAAUAUUCAUAUUUGAUCAUUAAUAACUUGCUAAUUUAUUGUAUGAGAGAUAAAUAAAAACGCUGCCAGCACCUGAAACCAGCACACCACUUAUUGUUAACCAGAUAAACUGAUCCAGUUAAUUCUCAUCUCACUAACUGCACUUUCAGGUUUGUUUAAUCCUGGAUAUGAAGUUGUCUCUAAUAACUUAUUUUGAAGUAAAAAGUUGAAACCAGGAUCAGAUGUUAAAUUAUCAGCCGAUCAUUGAUCAUGGGAUCGGACUCCUGAUUGGCUGACAGUAGCGGUUCAUUCUUGCGACAACAACAGGUCCAGAUCAAGUUUAGUUCAAGUCAAGAUCAAGUCGGGUUUGAGGGACUGAUAAAUUCAGGCUUGUGUUAAAUCAACACCAAUCAACUCAAGCUAACAGGAUCCUGGACUAGACUUAAUCUGGACUAGGACCAGGUUUUGCCCUUAAGGGCCUGUGUCCUGAACUGAUGAUAAACCCAGAUUAUUAUGUAGAACAUCUGCUCAAUGUAGAUCACUACAAUUCACAUGACCCUGCUGCCACUCGGACUGUCCUCUCACUUUAGUGCCCCCCCCCCCCAAUCUUUGUGAGGCUUCCUGUCUCGUACAACACAUACACACAGCACUCUGCUCUCAUACAUACACACACUCUAGAUGCAUGCUUUUCUCCACACACUGACAGAUGUUGACACUGUCUCUCUGUCAGCUGGACAGUCUUCAUAGCUUGAAGUGUAAUAGUAAGCUCUGCUUUCUCUCUUUAUCCCACUAUGAUAACCCUGCUGAUGUGUUACAGGUUUGUGUUCGUGAUAUGAAACCAAUAAAGAAACUUUGAAAAGACAA